UGCGGGGGCCGGGGAGGGGAGCAGGGGGUGCAGAAGGGGGACACGGACAGGGCUGGGGACAGGGAUGGAGAAGGGGUGCAGGACACGGAGGGGAGGUGCAGGGACUGGAGAAGAGGUUCAGGGCUGUCGGGGGAUCUAGGGUUGGUGCCCAGUGAGUGUGGGGGUCCCCGGGCUGGCAGCCCUCGCUGCCCAGGGAUGCUGAGCACGGCUGGGCAUGGGGAGGGGGUUUGGGUUUGGGGUUUGCUCCCGGCGCUGGAAGCCCAGCCCAGGAAAUUCUUCCGGGCAGCCUCUCAAGCCCCUCUUUGUGCUCUUGGGAUUUUUAACAUUCCCGGCGGCUGCGGACGGGGUGCCCGGUGCCGGACGGGGUGCCCGGUUCCAGAUGGGCUGCCCAGCUCUCCCAGGCUGUGGCGGGAUGGGUGGGAUGGGAUCUGGUGUGGAUUUAGGAGAUGCGGCUGCACAUCCCCACCCAUCCCAUCUGAACCAAGCGCUGUGCCGCUCACCGGGGUGCCACGGGGACCCUGUGCCACCCCCGGGGGAUCCUCAGCGUCCUUUACCAGUGUGGAUUUGCUGUGGGGUGAAGGACUGGGGCUGCUGGGUGUCGGACGCUGCUGUGGUGAGCAGCAGAACCCGUCCCUCGCUGCCACAUCCUCCCCUCCAAACCGCACUGGCUCAGCUCUGCCAGGCCACAGCGCCGGCCUUGCUGCCAAGGCGUCACCGAUUUCCUGCCUUGCUCCAGCUCCUGGGAACGACCUUGGCUGUCUCAGCUGCACCGCCGGGUGCCUGGGACCCCCCGGCCCGGGGGAGGAAGCCGCCAGCCUCGGGGGACAGGAGGAAGCGGCGGUGGCUGCUGACACCCAGCGAAGACCUGGGUCCCCUCCCCGGAAGGAAAGCGCUGCCGGUGCUGGGGACCCUCAGGGUGCAGCGGGGACAGGGAGGCCCUCGUUGUGUGGUCUGUGGAGCCGCCGCUGCCAUGCCGGUGACGGUGACAGUGACACUGCCCGGCCCGGCCCCGUGGGGCUUCCGCAUCUCCGGGGGAAGAGAUUUCGGGAAGCCCAUCACCGUCUCCAAGGUGACGGAGCACGGGAAGGCGGCCACGGGUGACCUUCGGCCGGGAGAUGUCAUUGUCACCAUCAAUGGGGAGAGCACGGCUGAGAUGCUCAACGUGGAGGCGCAGAACAAGAUCAGGCAGAGCCCGGGGCAGCUGCGGCUGGACGUGGAGAGGUCCCCGGUGCCAUCUCCCAGCCACACCAACGGGGACACCUCGCCAGAGAUGUUGGCCUCGCGUUUCCAGGACACGCUGCAGGUGCCAAGUGAGAGCCGAAGUGCCCUGAGGACCCUCGACCCCGGCCUGGCAUCCCUCACCCACCCACCUGGCAGUGCCAGCUCACAGCCCUUGGAGCAGGAGUUUACCUGUCCCGGCCUCCCCCAGGUGCGACGCCUGAGCCGCCAGAGCAGCUCCCAGGGGGCCGUCCUGCCUCCCCCCCCGCGCCCACCCUCACCGGAGCUCGGAGCCCCCCAAAACCCCUGGGCAACCCCCCGGGAGAGGCGCCUCUCCUCCCCCUGUCCCAGCACCUGGCCCAGCCAGGGCUCGGAGCCGGCCAUGAGGCGCUUGGAGGAGGACUCGGAGGUCUACAAGAUGCUGCAGCAGAACCGGGAGCUGCGGGCGGCCCCGCGGCAAUCCAGCACCUUCCGCCUGCUCCAGGAGGCGCUGGAGGAUGAGGAAGGAGGAGGCCCCGCAGCCCCCUUCCCCAGCCGGCUCUCGGCCGGGGCCCGCAAGCCCGUGGCCGGGGUGCAGAAGCUGCACGUCUGUGAGAAGUGCGGGAGCAGCAUCGCGACACAGGCGGUGCGGAUCCAGGACGGCCGCUACCGGCACCCGUCCUGCUACACCUGCGCCGACUGCGGCCUCAGCCUGAAGAUGCGCGGCCACUUCUGGGUGGGGGACGAGCUGUUCUGCGAGAAACACGCCCGCCUGCGCUACCAGGGACCCCCGGGGGGGCCCGUGCCCCGUCCCGUGUCCCCCCGCUCCUGAGCCCCGGCCGCCGGCACCGCGCGGUGCGGUCACCCCGCAUCCCCCGUGGGCCGGGGCUGUCCCACCCCACCGCGGUGGGGCUGGCCUGGAGGGCUGGGGGCGCUGCCAGGCUGGGGAUGGAUGGGAUUUGGGGGGGAUGCGGUGUAGCCGCCCCCUUCGUGGGUGUGUGUGAUGAGCUGGGUGAGUUCUCAGCCUGGGGGACACCGAGGGGACAUUGGGGCGGGGUCGCUUGAGCACUUGGGUACCGGAGAGGGGCUGGCACCGCUUGUGCACUGACUGCAAAGGGCUUCUCCGAGGAAUUAAAGCGGAUUAUCUUUAAAUAUAAUAUAUAUUUGCUCCA